AUGACUAAACUCACAGCUGCCGAUCGCAGGCUAACUGCUAACAUUGACUUUCUCAAACGUCUUCAAAAGUCGAAAGACACGAAGCGGAUUCUGAAGAAGGCUUCUUGUAGUCAACUGGGCUGUCUCAUCGAGUCGAUGUACAACGUUAACAAUGGAAACGUACCUUUGCACAAGUAUGAAGUCCGCAAGCUGAAGCGGCAUCUUGGGACGAUUGACGCAUUGGCACGACAGCGUCAGGCGACGGCAUUCUGCCAUUCAUUCUACCUGCACUCAUCGAUCUGGCUGCAAGAUUCAUCUUCAAUGUUUCGUAAAAUGCGACUAGUUCCCUUUACCCCUGGGCCCACCUCAUCUACUUCUACUACUACCCCUCCAAUUAUUAAAGGCGACGGUGCUCCUUUCACUCGUUUUACUCAAGAUGAUGUCGAUAAGCAACGGCUGCAGGUGCUCGACCAGCAAAUGCAGCGUACUCUAAACGACAAACGUAUCCCCGACAACGUAAAGACACCCCUCUACAAUCAGCUCCUUGCCGUGUUCACUGACCUGCUCGCCGAGUUGCGCAAGCGUCACCCUCAAACUAAACGAGAGCCAUCUCCCGAUCGAUACCCGAUGCCCACUGAUCUGACGUAUCCAGAGCCGGAGCGGGAGCCAGAGCCCGAGCCUGAGGUGGGGCCUCCACCGAAGAAGAAGGCUAGGCUGAAGGCCAAAACCAAGCUCCCCAUCGUCACGCCUUCGCCACGUUUGCUGCGCAGUGGCAAAAACUUUGGGAAGGAAUUUAUUGCAGAGCUGAACAAGAGCUUCCCACGCGUAGAGUCAGUAAAAGGACGUCUGAUUGACGGAAAACUGGUGAUGGACGGUGAAAUUGACAGGAUCGUCACUCAUCUGAACUCUCCCGUGAAUAGACGGAGAGGCACACCUGUACAUCUCGAUCACGUGUUUGACGCACUCGAGCGCGCUAGCCCGUCUUCCCCAUUCAGCGCCUACUACCACACACCCGGCAACGACGACUUUGAAGAGGAGGUCGUGGACACUUCGCGUACGCCCCGCUAUCAGAAGACGCCUGAUCUUUGGACUUCUCUUGAAAAUCCGUCUGCCUUCACUUCCGCAACUGUGCUUCGCCGCGUCGGCAAGGAGCACGGGUAUUCUAAGGAGCAAAUUGAAGAAUUUCUCCGAGGCACACCAAGCCACUACGUUCACGCACCUGCUCGCGUACGUUACCCACGCUUGAGGAUGACCAGUACUCAGUGCUGGACCCAUCUCCAGGCCGACUUGGGAGAUCUCAGCUCGCUGUCGACUUGGAACGACGGCAUGAAGUGGCUGCUUCUAGUUGUCGACGUCUACUCCAAAUUCAUCAUGGUCGCAGCAUUGCCCGAUAAACGACCUGCAUCUGUUGCCGAAGCUAUGCGUAAAAUGUUCACAAAAUGGAUUCCGUUUAAUUUGCUCACCGACAAGGGCAAGGAGUUCACUACAGGUGCCAUGCUACAACUCUACGCAGACCUGAAAAUUAACCAUUUCACUCUACGCGGCAGCGACCAGAAGGCCCAAGUAGCCGAAGCUCAUCUGAAGACGAUCAAGUACAAGAUUUACCGUUACUUUACGCAUAACAAUACCCGACGUUGGGUGGAUGUCGUGCAACAAAUUGCCGAAUCGCUGAAUAAAACUCGCAGCACCGUGACUGGGAUGCGUCCGGUUGACGUGAAUUUCGACACAAAAAUCCCAAAUCAGCAGCCACAGAUUGCCGACAGCUCAAAGUUCCAGAUUGGUGAUACUGUGGUACUUUCUAAUCGUCGUGAGACGUUUCAGAAGGGGUUCCGAGGCUUGUGGGGCUCUGAACUAUUUGUCGUGCGCCAGAUUGACAUGCGUGUCCCGGUCACUUAUCGUGUCUCCGACUUGAACGGUAAGAAGAUUGAAGGAAGAUUCUACGACGCUGAGCUGCAGCGAGCCGAGAAUUCUGAUGGCGUGUACAAGGUUGAGCGGAUUAUUGACGAAAGACGGCGAAAGGGGAAGCUGGAAUACCUGGUCAAAUGGCUCGACUACGACGACGAGUUCAACUCUUGGGUGCGAGCUGAAGACGUUAUCGACCUGAGAACACAUCCUUCUGAA